UCUCCACUCCGAAUGAUCGUGUCUCUAGCCAAAAAUAUUUAUUGACCUGGUUGGUCUCUUGGCUUCCUCUCUUUGUCCAACAUAGAAGAGACAAUGGAACCCCUCUACCAGGCUGGGUCCAUUCUCAUGACGGUGAAUACCCUACAGGGGAAGAAAAUGGUAGAGAGUGGCCUCCAGUCUGGAGACCUUUCCUUGUCCCAGUCAUGGCCCUCCUGCCUCCCACCACCCGCUGACUUGGAGAUCCUGCAGCAGAAGGUGGCCGGGGUGCAACGGGAACUGGAGGACUUUAAGAAAGAGGCAUUGAAGUCCAUCCAUUACCUUGAAGACGCCUUCUGCGAGAUGAAUGGAGCCCUGGUGCAACAGGAGGAGCAGGCGGCUCGCGUGAGGCAGCGGCUAAGGGAGGAGGAGGACCGUGGCAUCGUGCGCAACAAGGUUCUCACCUUCCUGCUGCCGCGCGAGAAACAGCUCCGGGAGCACUGCAAGCGGCUGGAGGACCUGCUGCUGGACAGGGGCCGUGACGCCCUACGUGCCACCAAGAAGAGCCAGGCUGACUGAGCCUCGUGGGUGGCACUAGCCAAGCACCAAGUUGAAGAUUUUUUUUUUUAAUGGAAGGAGAAACCCCAAGUCCCCACCCCCUUGUUUUCCCUUCCUCAUUUCCAUUGCUUUCCUUCUACCUAAAUAACACCUUGCUGAGAGGCAAAAAGACUUCAAUAUGUUUUUUUUGGUGAAAUUCCAUUUAUCCAGCAUUCUCAAGGAAGGAGGCACCCCAGUACUGAGUCAGGCCCCUGUAACUUUCACUUGAACUGUUUUCCUGUUUGUAAUGGUACUAUUGCUCAAUGUAUACCUUUUUAUUUGUAUAGUAUAUUCUUAAACUGAUUGUUUU